AUGGCCGGCAACCGACCUUGGCCCCAAGUUCCUGUGGGCAACAAAGACUACACCGAGGCCAACGUUGUCAUUAUCGGAGGUGGGAUUUCGGGAAUGUGUACGGCGAUCGACUUGAUCGCCAGAAACAAUUGCCGGAACUUCAUCAUACUGGAGAAAUCUGGAGGUGUUGGCGGUACCUGGAGGGAUAACAAAUAUCCUGGCUGUUGUUGUGAUGUGUGGUCGCAUCUCUACAGUUACUCGUUCGAACAGAAUUCUGAUUGGACAAGGGAAUACCCGGGACAAGAAGAAAUACUAGAGUACCUGAUGCGAGUGGCACAGAAGUACGACCUGUAUCGUUACGUUCGCUUCAACACUGCGGUUGAUUCAGCCCAAUGGGAUGAUGCUAGCAAGAAGUGGAAGACGACGGUCUCAGUUCAAGGUGGCAAGGAUGCUGAGUUUGGCAGUACAUAUACUAUCAGCUCAGAUUUCCUAGUCUCCGCCGUCGGUCAAUUGAAUGUGCCAAGGUUGCCGGAUAUCAGAGGCCUUGGAGAAUUCAAGGGCAAGCUGAUGCACAGCGCUCGCUGGGAUUGGAGCUAUGACCUGCGAGGGAAAAAGGUCGCCAUCAUUGGUAACGGAGCAACCGCUGCCCAGAUCAUCCCAGAAAUCGUCAAGGAAGUCGAUCAUCUCACGAUCCAUCAACGCACCCCCAACUGGGUAAUACCUCGGUUAGACGCCGCGAUUGCCCCUUGGAAACGCAGUAUGUACAAGUGGGUUCCCUAUGUCCGUCAGCGCAAGAGGGCGGACAUGAUGGACUUCCGAGAAGCAUUCUACGACGCCGUUUUCGACAAGAAUUCGCCCACAUCUCAAUUUAUCGAGGCAAUGAGCAAGGACCAUUUGCAUACUCAAUUGAAAGACCGGACCGAUCUCUGGGAGAAACUACAACCCAACUACGCAGUAGGCUGUAAACGGGUCAUCAUUACUGAUGACUACUUCCCCGUUUUCUUGAGGAAUAACGUUAAGCUUGAGACGGGGAAAAUCGAUAACAUCACCGCGAAUGGUAUCGUGACUGAUGGCAAGGAGGAAAAAUACGAUCUCAUCAUCUUGGCUACAGGAUUCCGCACAGUUGAAUUUAUGCACCCUAUUGAGAUCACAGGCAGUGCCGGGCGCACAUUGAGCAGCAUCUGGAAAGACGGUGGGCAGGCACUUUAUGGAGUUGUUGUCGAAAGCCUUCCUAACUUUGGCAUGCUAUAUGGACCCAACACCAACCUGGGCCACAAUAGCAUUAUUCUCAUGAUUGAAGCCCAAAGCAGAUACAUUAAUGCAAUGAUCAAGGAAGUGAUUACCGCGAGAUCACGUGGUGAGAGCCUGGUGCUUGCUCCCAAGCCAUCACGGGUCAAGCAGUUCAACGAUGAGAUCCAGUCAGAGCUGGAGAAGAGCAAUUUUGCAGACCCGAACUGCAAUUCUUGGUAUAAGAUCAAAGAUAGUGGGAAGAUCACCAACAAUUGGAGUAGAAAUGUGGUUGCAUACCAGAAGCUUCUGAGCCAGGUGGACUGGGCGGAUUUCGAGGUGUCAGGGCAAGGGGCAAACCACCUUUGUGGUUCUCACAAAACCCAACUUGGUCGAGUUGUGGAGGAGUCGCUGGUGAGCUACAAGACCAUGGGACUGACUGCUCUCAGUCUUGUGGCAGUUGGGGCAGGAAUAGCAUUUCGCAACUCUGGCCGGUUGCGGCUGAGAUGA